UGCCCAUAUAAGGUCAUGUGUCUCGCUCACCCCGUUUGUCACGGGAGCUCGGUGUCUGUUUAUCCGCGCUCCGUGCGAUGUGGCGCUAUAAAAAAGAGACCUCAGCUCCAGACCCUGGACGUCUACCAGCCAGUAUCACUCUGCUGCUGCUGCUGCUCUCUGUGUCACAGGUUUAUGGCUGCCUUCCUUAGACGUGGGCUCGUCUUGACCUUGCGUCACACCCUUGGGCAAGGCAGCAAAUCAGUCUACCCUUCUGCACUGCCUGCAGCUAUUCUAGGAGCUUGUAGGAGUAAGAAGACAUGGCCAGUGAGUUACACCCAGGAGGAACUGAGGAAACGCCUCACCCCAAAGCAGUUCCAUGUUACUCAAGAGAGAGGGACCGAGAGCGCCUUUACUGGGGAGUUCACCUACCAUAAAGAUGAGGGAACCUACAAUUGUGUUGUUUGUGGAGCCCCUCUCUUCAGCUCGCAUUCUAAAUUUGAUUCCGGAUCAGGCUGGCCGUCUUUCUUUGACCUCCUGAAAGAAGAGUCCAUUACUCUGACUGAUGAUUUCUCCUAUGGCUUGCACAGGGUGGAGACCACUUGCAGUCAAUGCGGAGCACAUCUUGGACACCUGUUUGACGAUGGUCCAAAGCCUACAGGAAAGCGCUACUGCAUAAACUCUGCCUCGCUGGCUUUUCAACCCAAAGACGCGCCUCUGGAUGGGGCAUGCGGCAGCACCGACGCUGACGGGAAGGCUGAACUUUAAAAGAGUCACAGCUGUCAGGCAGAUGCUUUGGCAAAGUCCUACCGGUUAUAGAAAAAUGCUUCUUUGUUUUUGAUGUGCAGAGAGAUUGUACGAAGUACCAGUAAGGUAUAUUUGAAACGGUAAAUGCAGAUAAUGAUAACAAUCCAGAAGAAGAACUAAACUCAAAAAUAGUGAAGGUAUUUAGUGAAGCUGUUUUGGGUUACUUUGUUUAAAAUCACCGACAUUUUUACUGUUUUUCUUGUCAUAAUGUCACCUGAAAGUAGCUGUUUAUGCAGAUCUUAUUUACAUUAUUCAACAUUAACAGGGGUUUGAUUUCAGAAAUGAGUUUUUGUGUUUAAACCUUAAGGUACAAUGUUACUACUUUUAUUCUGUCCCUCUAUCUAGGCGACCCUAGGCCCACAUGCUGUAGCGUUUGUCCCAGAUUGUCUGUUUUUCACAAGUAUCUCUCACACAAGGAAUGUUCUUCUAAACUUGCACUGUUCCGCUAGCAUUGUUUCAGUCAUCAAUCACAGAUGACCUUUUUGACAUUACUGUUGAUCGUAGCAGGGAUUUGUAGAAAGUGCGGGGAAGUGGCGUGCUAUAGUCUGCAGCAUUUCCACAGAUUUCCUGCGCAUAUACACAAGUUCCUCAGAGAUUCACAUUUUACAUUUUGGUGAUAAUCUAAAGUUCAGGAUAUCCCAUUUCCUUUUCCCUGUUCUGACCUUGCCUACUAAUCAAGAAUCUAUUGUCAUCAUCGCGAUAAUGAUCCCAGCUGGCAUUUGGAUGUCAAGUCACUGUAGAAUCAACCCAGGUAGUUCUGUGGUUUAACUGUCAAAUUUUGUUUAGAUUUUGCAAGUCUAAUCGACAUUGAAAUAGCCAUGUCAAUUCUACGUGAAAAUAAUGUUGAUUAGACAUACCACUCAAAAAUGGUUGAGUUGACACCAUGAAACGGUUUGCUGUUCAAGGUUGUUUUGACGUUGAAUGAAUGUUUUAAUUAAACUGACAUUAUUUCAGCAACAUUCAAACGUUUAAUGUAGAAUGCCAGCUGGGAUGUGCUUUAACACAAACAGUCAUGGUAAAAAGGUGAAGCUUUUGAAAAGUGUACUUAACCAACAAAUGCAUUUUUCUUCGUCGUUGUUCAACCAAAUAAUUACAUUAUGACUAGUCAGUUGAAGCUAGUUUUAAAAUCUAUUCAAAAGCCAUUAAGCACCAGAUUAUGCAUUAGUUUUAUUUUUUACCAUGACUGUCCUCAUCUUUUUAUUUUUGUUAAACUAAACUUUUCACAUUUGCAUUAGAUUCAGUCUGAAUUACAAUGCACACUGAGUAAUAAUGAAAUAUCUAUGCAAGUAUAUUUGUUUUUUUUUGUUCUUUUGAUUGCCGUGAUGGAGCAUAUUGUAAUACUAAAUUGAUCCACGUUUGGGGUCAGACGUAUUUGGUGUUUUUGAUUUAAAAUGUAUCCAGUUUACCCUUUUCAACGUGAAGUGAACACCUGCUUAAGUGAAUAAAAUAUAUUUUAAAAG